UCCAGAGACACUUUCAUAGAAGAACUGAGGAAAACCUUGCCACAAACCAAGAUGAAGACUGCUCUGACUGCAGCACUCCUACUCCUGGCUGCCUGCCUGCUUUCUGAGGCUGUCCAGGUCAAAGAGGGAGAUUUCACCUUCUCACUGGAGUCGGUGAUGAAGCUGGGGGACCUCAUGGACAGGAACACCCCAGAAAAACAGAGCCCCCGAUUGGCUGACACCAGCUCCACAGCUGUCUGCGGUAACCCUGCCCUGCCCCAAGAGUUUGUGCCUGUGUGCCAGAGCAAAGGAGCGGUCUUGUCUUUCUCAAGACUGGCGUAUAUCGCAUUGCACCAUGACGAAUGCGAGAUCUGUAUGAAUGCCGCAUGUACUGGCUGCUGAACUGCAGACCAGCAAGCCUCUACAGAUUACACGCGUGCCUUCAUUUUGAGCCUGCCAUUUUCUCUUGGUUGCAUUUCAUCUUCUUUGAGAAUUACUGUUGUUGAA